GUAAAACUGGAAUUUGCGCUUAAAACAUAACAAUCCUCUGAAUUCAGGGGUAUUGUAAACCCUAAUGCAGACUUUCUUUUAGAACGACCAGAGAAGAGAAGCAGAGGAAAGGAGAGCAAGAACUCCCACUUCCCUCAUCGUCUCGAUCUGCCGUAGGCGAGCUUUACUGUUAUUCCAGCGAGAGCGAGGUCGAGGUCGAGGUCGAGGUCGAGGUCGAGGUUCCUCUGUGCACGAAGGUUGAGUUCCUAUUGCUGCCAGUGCCCUGUAGUGUUGCUCCUGCAAAUUCAGCUCUAGUUCCUCUUGACAACUGACAAGCCUCUUCGUUUCUGGAAGGAAGGAAGGAAGGACAAUAGGGAGAGGAGAGGGAGAAGUGUAACAUCUUCCAGUUCUGAAUGGAGUUCUGCCCGACUUGUGGUAACAUGUUGCAGUAUGAGCCAGCUUACAUGAGCCACAGAGCUAGGCUCUUCUGUCCGACAUGUCCAUACAUCUGUGAAUUAGAGGAUAAGAUAAAGAUAAAGAAAAGACAGUAUCUGGUCAAGAAGGAGAUUGAGCCAAUAUUUAGCGGUGAAGACGCGAUGAAGUUCGCCCCAAAAACGGAUGCAACAUGUCCAUAUUGCAACUUUGGACAAGCAUACUACAGGCAACUUCAAAUUAGGUCUGCAGAUGAACCCAUGUCUACAUUUUACCAGUGCUGCAAUCAAAACUGCAAACGUGAAUGGCGUGAAGACUAAUAUGAUUGUAAUUGCUCUUUCUUUCAUCUUUUAAGGUUUCCUUUCUCUUUGUCACCAAACUAGGUCUGCCUGAGGAUGAGGCCUCAGCCUAAUCCAAACCCAAACCCAAACCCCUGGCUGGGAUUUUUCAGCUUUAGCUCUUCCCAUCGACUGGAAGUCACUGCCUAACCCAGCAAAGAAAUGGUGGGUUUGGAUUUUUUAGGUCUGUUUAACCUAUUUGUAUACCUCAUUGGGCGUGAGUAAUUGCUUCCAUUUGUUUCAUCUGUGCAAAUGGAAAAUAGAAAUUUUGAUUUAUUUAUUUAUUCUGGCUAAAAAUUGAUUUGUAA